GUGGCGUUUAUGUCGCUGAAUAUCCGAGUAGACAUGUGUCUGUGUAUUUUGUUUUCUUCGUAAAUAUUUGAAAAUUUAUAUAUAUAGCGUAUUUAAAAAUGCGACUUUCGUCCGUACUCUGGAAGCAACAUCUUGGUUGGAUGUUCAAACAAAAAUGGAAACUUAAAAGUAAAAUUAAAAUAACUGAUUAUGGUGUUCCUGAAGAUUUGAAAGCACUGAAUGUAAAAAUUUAUGAUGUCUUGGAGGUGGCAAGACCAAAAAAGAAAGAAAUUCCAAAAAUUGAACCUCCAGAUCCAUAUAAACUUAACCCAUAUUUAAUUAAAGGACCAGGAAAUCCAAAUUGGCACGAUCAAUAUGUUUUUUGGUUUGAUAGAAAUUCUAUAUUAAUUGAAGGUGAUAAACAGGGAAAAGUACUUACUAAAACAAUAGGAUACGAAGGCUUUCCCUCGUCAUUAAAGAACAAUGUAGAUGAUCUGUCAGAUUUAGAAAUUGAAGAUAUAGUACGACAUUGCGUACUGGAAUCUACAUUAUGGGAUGGAGUGCAGGAAAAGUUACCAAAAAGAGUAGAUCCCGAAAGACCAACGUGGAAUUUUCGGAGAGAAUUUGGUAUUUCUCACAACAGAAAAAUCUUAAACUUGUUAACCAGACUACUGCAUUUAUGUGAGAGGAUUUCUGUAAGAAAAAAUAAUAAUAUUUUUAGAAUGCAGAUAAUAGAUCCGAAAGUUAAACUACGUUUAAAUAUAUAUGAUGAUCCAGUUAUUUUUGAAGCUGUAAAUAAUCCAUUAGAAUCACCUGAUAUUCUUCUCUGUAGCGAUAAACCACUUCCAUUACUAUUUAAUAAAGAAGAAGUUCAAAUGACUAUUAAUGAAGAAUUUCCAGAUUUAUAUCCAUUAAAGCCAGUAAUUUCACUUGAAAAAGUGAAUAUUUUCACAGAUGAAAACAUUUAUCCAUUGGAUAAAGAUCAGCAUCCUCACACAUUAUUUAUUACUCAUGAUAGUUUGGAAGAAUGGUCAACAUCCCAGAAAUUUGCCAGAGCACUUGGACUAACUUUUGCUUAUGCUGCAUCACAUGCUCAACUUUUAUAUGGGGAAAAUGUUAAAGAACUUCCAACGCCUAUAGUUAUUCAGUCUGUCUGGGUAGACAACGGAUGUCUGGGAUUUUUAUCGUUUCAACUGAAUACUUUAGAUUUAAAUAGUAAAGACGGAAUUAAAAAUCAGCUGUAUCAAGCCGGUCCUUUUAAUCUGUAUGAUGAAAGCAAUUUAAAAAAUGGUCUGAGUGGUUUUAAUAGUGAAGCUUUUGUGAAAAUGUUAGCUAUGUAUAUGAAUGGAAUGUGAUUUUAGAAAUAAAUUAUUUAUGAUAAUUUUAAUUUUUUAAUUCAAAAUUACAGUUUAGAGUUAGAUAAAUCUGGAUAGAAGAUGAUUCGGAAUCAAUUAAUUUAGAAGCUUGUAAAUCCAGAUUUUAUAAUGGCAUUAUUUAACUUGUUAUUUGUAAAUCAUUCAACAAUUGAAUCACUGUUUACACUUAGAAUAAAAUUUUAUUUAAAACAGUUGAUAUUUAUUAAAAU